AUGAUUGAAAUAAUCACUUUUUACUUAAUUACCUUAAAUGGAAUCGAAAGUGUUAUCAAACAAGUACCAUCCGAUCGACGAAUUGAUUGCUUGCCGAAGCCAGGAGCUAACAAAGCUACAUGCUUAUCUCAUAAAUGCAUUUGGGAUGAUGAACAUUAUUGUGAUACAACUGUUCCAGCCUGCUACUUUCCACCUGAUACAGGAUACAUGGUUGCUCAAAAAUCUAAUUUUUCGCUAAAAUUGCAAAAAUUAAAAGAUGCGGCACUGAAUCCUUAUGAUACUGAUAUACCAGAAAUUGAAGUACAAAUUGCGAAUUCUCAUUCGGUGCUAAAUGUGCGAAUUGGCGUUGAAGGAAGAUACGAACCAACGAUGCCUUUACCAAGAGCCUGGAGUACAAACGAGCAGCAUUUUACAACGGAAAUUUCCAAUGAAUCUGAACUUUUCAUACUUCGAAUUCGUCGUAUAACAACAGGACAGCUAAUUUGGGACACAUCAAUCGGUGGUUUACUUUUCGCUGACCAAUAUAUUCAAAUUGCAACUUUUUUGCCGACUGAUAAAAUUUAUGGAUUUGGUGAACAUGUUCAUCAAAACUUGAAGCACAAUUUCACAAAAUAUACAACAUGGCCAAUGUUUGCAAGAGAUCAGCCACCUGAUCCGGAAAAUCCAUAUCGCAAUUUAUACGGGGUACAUCCGUUUUAUCUUGGCUUGGAAAAGGACAACAAUGCACAUGGUGUACUUCUUUUGAAUAGUAAUCCACAGGAAAUAACAACAGGACCCGGUCCACAUCUGAUAUAUCGAGCUAUUGGUGGAAUACUUGAUAUGACAUUUUUCCCAGGACCAAAGCCGGAGCAAGUUAUACAACAAUAUCUUGAAUAUAUUGGCCGACCAUUUCUUCCAGCUUAUUUCGCACUUGGAUUCCAGUUUUGUCGAUACGGUUACAAUAGUUUAAUUGAAAUGAAGGAUACAAUUGAAAGAAUUCGAAAUGCCAGCAUACCAAUUGAUAUUGCAUAUGCGGACAUUGAUUAUAUGCAACGAUACAAAGAUUUUACCAUCGGAAAAGAUAACUGGUCAGAUUUUAAAGAGUACGCUGAUGAACUACAUAAAAACGGAAUGCAUUUGGUGCUCAUUUUCGAUCCUGCAGUGCAAGUAAAUUAUUCCAGCUUUCACAGGGCAAUUAAAAAAAAUGUAAGUUUUAUAGAAUGGGAGAAUUAUAAUCAAGUACAACGUGAAAUUCAGAGCAAAUAUCCACUAACAAAAGGGACAAAGAUAAUGCUUUCGGUUGUGUGGCCAGACUGGCAUGUUGCUUUUCCUGAUUUUCUGGAUCCAGAACCGACGACAGUAGAAUGGUGGAUUGAGGAAUUCAAGCUUUUUCAUCAAAUGCUUCCGUUUGAUGGUAUUUGGAUCGAUAUGAAUGAGCCUGCUGCUUUUGGUACUAACGAAUAUCAUCCAUUUUAUUUUGAUGAUCCAGAAAGACCAGCAAAGAUAAUACCGCUUAAGUGUCCUAUCAGCGGUGCGGUAUCGAAAUAUGAUAAUCCACCUUAUGAAACUUGGAACUCUUACGCCUACAAUUAUGCUGAAGCUCAUUUAUCAAAUAAAACUGUGUGUAUGUCUGGGAUGACAAAUAGAGGGACUCAGAGAGUUUACAAUACGAAAAAUUUGUAUGGAUUAGCAGAAACAAUAGCAACUCAAAAGGCGCAGCAUGCAGCAACAGGAAAGAGAGGAGCAGUUAUAUCCAGAUCCACAUUUGUUUCAUCGGGGCAUUAUGGUGGCCAUUGGCUCGGUGACAAUAGUGCUCGCUGGAUAGACUUGAGAGCUUCCAUUAUUGGUAUCCAAGAAUUUAAUUUAUUUGGUAUACCAUACAUUGGCGCAGAUAUUUGUGGUUUCAAUGGAGAAACAAGCGAGGAAUUAUGUUUGAGAUGGCAACAACUAGGUGCAUUUUAUCCCUUUUCAAGAAAUCACAAUGAAAAAGGUGGAGCAAGUCAAGAACCAUCUCGAUGGCCAGAUGUUUCAAGAGCCACUAGAGAAGCUAAUCUUUUCCGAUAUUAUUAUCUCCCAUUUCUUUACAGCUUACUGUUUGAUGUGGCAUUGCAUGGUGGCACCGUUGUUCGACCAAUUUUUUUUGAAUUUACCUCUGAUCCUGAAACCCAUGAUCUCGGAGAACAAUUUAUGUGGGGAAGUGCAAUGAUGAUCGUCCCUGUAUAUCAAGAAGGUGCUACAUCUGUAUCUGGUUAUUUGCCGUCGACAAUAUGGUACUCUCUUCGAGAAUUUGACUAUGGCAUACUAGCAAAACCAGGCCGCAGUGAAUUCAGAGCACCGAAAGAUGAGCUCAUUCCUGUUUUUGUUAAAGGAGGUGUCGUGAUACCGCGACAACAACCAAAUAUGACAACCACCGUUUCAAGAAACAAUCCUUUUGAAUUGCUUAUCACAGUUGGUUCGAGUAAGUCAACUGGUAUGCUAUAUUGGGAUGAUGGUGAAAGUAUUGUGGAAGAUUUUACAUCAUACAAUUAUUUCUACUGGUUAUUCGAAUUUGUACUCAGUGCUGACAGGGCUACUUUAUAUAUCACUCCAAACCAUACUGCUAUAGGAUUGGUAGUACCCACGUUAGAUGUUGUGGAUGUUAUCGGUUACCGUUAUCAACCAAAUUUGAGUGAGGUAUGGCUCAACGGUAUUCCAGUCAAAAUCGACCUUCAACAGUCGCAUUACGACAGUUCAAAAAAUCGUUUACUGAUUGUGAAGAAGAAUUUGGUGAAAAUCGCUAAUGGAAAAAAGCAGAUAUUAUCCUGGUCUCAUCAAAAAGCAUUUUGUGACAAUGUUCAGUGCUGA